AUGGCGCCCCCGUCCGUGUCGCGUUACCUGCCCUUCUCGCCCUCCACCACGGCGCUGCAGGCCGCGACCUACCUGCUCGGCAUCUCGCUGUUUAGCAUUUCGUUUCUCGUCUUCCUCAACAGCUCCGUCUCCUUUGUCAUCACCGACCUCAUCGGCAAGAAGCACGGCGUCGGCAACAUUGUCGGCACGCUGGGCUUCGCCGACGAGCUCGUCGCCCUGGUCGCCUGCCCAGCAUGGGGUCUUGUGUCGGAUCGGCUCGGUGUUCGCUGGGUCGCCGCCAUUGGAUACACCAUCAUCGCCGCCGCGCUGGCGCUCUUUGUGCAGGCCAAAAAUGUGUACCCGCAGCUUCUGCUGGCACGUAUUCUCUUUGCCGUGGGCGCAUCUGCUGCCGCAACCAUGGUGACAGCCAUUCUGCCUUCGCUGACAUAUGAUGCCGGCGCCACCAAGAAUAACAAGUCGCCUGUCCCAAGACUCACGCGCAAUCCGCGCCACAGCGCCGUCUUCUCGGUAGAAUCAGAGGCCACCAUCACGCCAGAGAGGUACUCGCGCAGCUUAUCUCGCGAGCGCGACGGGUCCGUGGGGCUCGCGCCUGAAACGCCCACGGAAGCGAGAAAACCAUCGGUCCUGGCUGGCUUCGUUGGCUUGUUCACUGGCUGCGGCGCUCUUCUGGCUCUGGCUCUUUUCCUGCCAUUGCCUGUCAGGUUUGGCGGCAUUGAUGGAGUUACGCCAGGGCAGGCCGUCUCAUACAGCUUCUAUGUCGUGUCAGGCGUGUCGCUUCUGGUCGCUGUCUUUGUCUUUAUUGGCCUGCGCAACCUGCACGGCGAAGAUGGCAAGGGCUGGCGCGUGCUCCUCGGCCGCAAAAGCUGGUAUCAGACACAGCUGGAUGAUGAGUCCGACGAGCCUGGACGAAAAGUCGUCCCUUAUGUUAGUCUUCUCAAAGAUUCCGUACUCUUGGCCUUCAAAGACUCCAGGAUCAGCCUUGGAUAUAUAGGGGGUUUUGUGGCGCGAGCCUCAACGGUCGCCAUUUCCCUGUUCAUUCCGCUCUACGUCAACACCUACUUCAUCAGCAACGGCUAUUGCACCGGAUCGCCGCACGACCCCUCGCCAGAGCUCAAAAAGGAGUGCCGAUCCGCCUACAUUCUCUCGUCAAUUCUCACUGGCGUGGCGCAAUUGAUGGGCCUCAUCUGCGCCCCCGUCUUUGGUUAUGUGUCUAGCCGCAAGAGCCGCGUCAACUACCCCAUUAUAGUUGCAACCGUAUUUGGCAUUGUUGGGUACCUUAUUCUGCCGCAGCUUCAAAGCCCCGAGAUUAAAAACGUGGACGGUCGUGGCGGCACACCCGCCGUGUUCCUCGUUGUCAGCCUACUUGGCAUCAGUCAGAUUGGCAGCAUCGUAUGCAGCCUCGGCGUUCUCGGCCAGGGUGUUCUUGCUGUUGACUUGCAGCGUACAUCCCUGCGCGACGAAGCGGCCCCCUCGCUGGCCCCAGACGAGGAUGAAUCUGGAGAUGACCACGAGCCUCGGAUUCGUAUCGCGACCGACGAAGCCACCGGCUCACGUGUGCGUCUCAAGGGCUCCAUUGCGGGCGGGUUCCUAUUCGACACGGCGAAUACCGGAGCGCCGUUUUAUAUGAUGGCUGGCUUCAAUGCAUUGUUGCUCAUCGCUAGCUUGUGGGUGGACGCUGCCCAAGCUUUUGCUCGCGUUUGA